AACCUGGCCAAACUAAUCACACUCGUUUCGCCGACCUCCCCGCGCCUCCUCCUUCCGUUUCGCUCGCGUCCAGGCUGCUGCAGCCAUUAGUAACUGACUCCUCCUCGUCCAGGGAAGCAGGAGAGAGGGAGUGAGCGACAACAGGCGAUUUCUUGCAAGUUCCGAGAUGCUAAAGGCACGGAGGUCCCGCGGAGGGUUCCGGCUGGGCCGGAAGCUGCUGAGCGCCUGGCGGUGGGCGCUCUGCGGCCGGCGCCGGCGCCGGGGAGGCUACCUCCGCCUUGACACGUCGCGCGCCACCCGCGACGAGGAACGGGGCGGCAAGAAGGAGCUGGCACCGGUGCUGCGGUGGGGGCAGUCCCUGGCGCGGCUCCUCAGCCUCGGGCGCCGGAAGGACGGCGGGCGGCGGCUGCUCGACGGCGGGGCCGAGGCGAAGACGCCCAAGGGGCAGGUGGCGGUGUACGUGGGCGGCGGCGGGCCCGGGGAGCCGCUGAGGUACGUGGUCCCGGUGGUGUACUUCAACCACCCCAUGUUCGGGGAGCUGCUGCGCGAGGCGGAGGAGGCCUUCGGCUUCCACCACCCCGGCGGCAUCACCAUCCCCUGCGCCGUCGCCAGGUUCGAGCAAGCCGCCGCCGUCGCCGCCGCGGGCAAGAAGGGGUUCGCCAGGUGGUAGCAUCGAGCCCGCCCGUAGUAGGAGACCGGCCUGGCCCCGAUCUGGUCGCCUCCGCUCGCCGUGUGUGGUUGCGGAGGCGAGUGGUGACAUGGUGUACAUAUGUGUUUCCAUCAGAAAGGGGCUGAUUUUUGUUCCGCUA